GGAUCCGCGAAUUGAGGUAGUGGUUGGUGGCUGGUAAAUGAUGCUGAUGCUGGGGACAGGAAUGGAGGUAAGGAGGAGGAUGCUACCGUAGAAAUGGUGGUACAUGGGGCGCCCCUCCUGAAAUGGUUUUAACCAUAGAGGCGAAAACAUGCGCCUCGUCAAAGUCUUCCAGGCUUUAAUGUCAUCUCGGCGGAAGAGAAUAAGGCUAACAAAGGAAGGUUUUGGCAUCGACUAAAUUGGCCAAGUUCAGGAUUUUUUUCUCAGACGUAAGGUUUUUGAAGAGGUUGUAAAUAUGAUAAAUGGCACGUUUAAGUUGGGAGCUGCUCGCGUUCUGGCAAACUGGCAGAUGCAGUGUCUAGUGCCAGCCCUCCAAGACCACGCCAAUAUGAAUGGAGCCGGGGAGACAGCUGACAUACUGCCGCCAAACUGCAUGGUUAAGGACAGAUGGAAAGUGCUGAAGAAAAUCGGAGGUGGAGGUUUUGGGGAGAUAUAUGAAGCACUGGACCUACUGACGCGGGAGAAUGUGGCUUUGAAGGUGGAGUCGGCCCAGCAGCCCAAACAGGUCCUGAAGAUGGAGGUGGCUGUUCUGAAGAAACUGCAGGGUAAAAACCAUGUGUGCAAGUUUAUUGGGUGUGGGAGGAAUGACAAAUUCAACUACGUGGUCAUGCAACUUCAGCAGGGACGCAAUUUGGCAGACCUGAGGAGGAGCCAGCCGCGGGGGACCUUCACCAUGAGCACGACCCUCCGCCUGGGAAAACAGAUCCUGGAGUCCAUAGAGGCCAUACACUCUGUGGGCUUCCUGCAUCGAGACAUCAAGCCGUCGAACUUCGCCAUGGGAAGGCUGCCUUCUACCUUAAGGAAGUGUUACAUGUUAGACUUCGGCCUCGCGCGGCAGUACACUAACACAACUGGAGAAGUGCGCCCUCCACGAACUGUUGCAGGUUUUCGAGGAACUGUCCGAUAUGCCUCAGUCAACGCACAUAAAAACAAAGAAAUGGGCCGCCAUGAUGACUUAUGGUCUUUAUUUUACAUGUUGGUGGAAUUUGCAGUUGGACAGCUACCAUGGCGGAAGAUCAAAGACAAGGAACAAGUUGGGCAGAUAAAAGAGCGAUAUGACCACCGGAUGCUGCUGAAACACAUGCCUUCAGAGUUCCAUAUAUUCCUCGACCAUGUAUUGGGCCUUGACUACUACACCAAACCAGAUUAUCAGCUGCUGAUGUCAGUGUUUGAGACCAGCAUGAAAGAACGCAUCAUCACGGAGAACGAGCCGUUUGACUGGGAGAAAGGAGGGACAGACUCCACCCAGUCCCCUGGUGCAGCCACCCAACAACAGCACAACCAACGUCCCGCCCCCACCACGGUUGGAGCCCUAAACACCCCGGACCCUGGAGACCUCCAAAGGGACAACACGGGUGAUGUGCUUCAAGACCAGCACCUCAGCAACCAGGAGAACGCUCCUCCAGCCCCGGCUCCAGCCGGAAGCCGCCAGGGAGGCGAGGGGGGAGGAGGCGGCGUGGCCCAGACACCCACUGAGGGUGAGGGCUGGGAGGACACUGACUUCAACCGCAACAAACUCCGGAUGAGUCUGACCAAGGGCCUCCAGGAGGGGGAUGAACCCAGCAGAGGGGCCUGUCCCCUGUCCCCAUGCCGGGCAGGACUGGCGCCUGAGUCACCCAGUGGCCAGAUGCGCUCGCUCCGGUACCGUCGCAUCAACAGCCCUGAGUCAGACCGCAUGUCAGCGGCCGAAGGGCGGGCCAUCGAUGGCUAUGGCCAAAGUAUCAGGUCCCGCAUGGACAUCCUAGGCUCCCCGUCACGCCAUGUCUACUCAUCCCAGCCUGCCAUGAUGCUGUCGGUGGAGGGCGGCCUGCAGCGCGGGCGCCACGGCGACGGCUCGGUGGCGUCCGUGGACCAGGAAGCCCACAGUAACGCAUUUAUCCGGUCGGUACCGCUGGCAGAAGAGGAGGACUUCGACAGCAAAGAAUGGGUGAUCAUCGACAAGGAGACGGAACUGCGGGACUUCCAGCCCACCACCUCGGGCACCACAGACGAGGAGCCGGAGGAGCUGAGGCCACUGGAGGACGGGGAGGAGAGGAGGAGGCUGCGGGGAGAUAUGGUGGUGCGGCCCAAGACAAAUCACACAACCCACAGCAGUCGGGGGUUGCUCACACUCACCGAGGAGGAAGCCUCCAGACGAAGCGGUGGAAGCCCUGCAAUGUCGCCCUGUCACUCCCUCCCAUCGGGCCGCCCCCCGAGAAGGGUCUCGGAGCCCAUUGGACCCCAAAGACCGCUGGAGGAUGAAAGGCAGCCCCCGAGGCCCAAUCAGCUGCGGAGGCUGGCCUCCUAUGUCUUCUCUUCAUCCACACUGGAGACAGAGCAGUAUCCGCACCCCGGCGGAUCCUUUAUCCAGCGGAGCCGAUCAGCCGAGAGCAGUCCCGCCCACAUGAACGCUUCCACACGCCGGCGCCAUGCUCCCCUACAAAGCCCAGGCAGCCCACGGAGCAGGCAUUCGGUUCUGAACGUGUCCCGCACGCAAAUUCAGCAAAUGCUGGCCAAACUAAUGAACAAAAACGCAAGCUGAGGGAGGGGGACCCAGAAAGCCAAAAUGAAUCUGUGCAUAAGCAUACCCACCCAUUAUAUAUAAACAUAUACACAUGUUAACACAUAAAGAUGUGUAACCCAAAGAGCCAUGUUCUGGAGUGAUGUUUAGAACACAAACAAACACAUAUUUUUUCUGUCUCUUACACACACAAAUGCUGAACUAAAACACCCAGUUCAAAGAACUGUCUAGAAAAAUGUAGGAAGAAGAGAAAAGUGCUGACGGCAAAAUAUUAUUUCACGCAAUAAACUCUAAAAAGCCUGCUUCCUGCAAUGUCAGUGUUGCAUGUGUCGCGAAAAUGGGUACAGUUUGAAUAAAAACUGGGGGAAGGGUGAACUUGAGGUCUCUUCAUUCAAUGGAGCUGUGAAAAGCAGAAAUAACAAUUCUGGAACUGCUAAAAGACUGUUACUCUUCAUUUUUGUAUUUUUCCAUUCACGCUGAAGGCUUGAGUGAUUGUUGUUAAGUGCAGGUCAUAUGGCGAUGCAUCAUUUUAAGGGUAUACGUGAGGGAAUGCUUUCGGUAACACUUUAAGGGGCAAUCUACAGUUGGUUAACACCUGAGGGACUGUGCUAAGGACCUAACUUACAGAUUCCUAGACGGAGCAAUUAAUGUAGUGCUAUAGUCACUGCCUCGCAGUACAGCAUUGCCAUUGCCAGGAGUUCAAUCCCUUGUUGCACCUUGCAUGGGAUGAAGUAAAUUGGCUCAGAAUUGUGGCCAACAAGGUCACCUUGCCUCAUAAUGCUCUAGCUCGUAGUUGGUGAAUGGGUUCUCCCGGUUGAACAAGCAGUGUAAUAAGAGGCUGAGCGUCUUAAUGAGAUGUGACUCGGAGGAUUCGUCUUGCACAAAUUGGACUUCACAAAAUAAAAACACUAACAAUAGAGUGCUAGAAAUGAAUGCAAGAAUAAACCUUGAAAUCACACUAACCAUGUCUAACCAUGUUUUGGGGCUAUACAGCAGGUAUAGGCAACACCGUUCCUGGAGUACCCCAGGUACUGCACAGUUUUAUUCACAGAUAAAUUCUGUGACUACCUAAAUUCAACACACUUGGUCUUCAAGGACUGUUGAGAAAUUAUUAUUACUAUAUUGUAAUGGUUAUAUCUCAUAAAUUUCUCAUUAAUUAACAAAGCUGUAUGUACCAAUUGCAGACUGCCCCUGUGUAGAUAAUGUCUUAUAAUUGUGUUUUAACGCUGGUCCUACUAUAUAUAAGGCAUUGUAAAAAUAGUUACGGCUUCUAAUGGUAGCUAAUGAUAAAGGGAUAGUGUCGAAUUUUGGUAUUGCUUUUAUGUUUUUCCACACAGGCAUUGUAAGUUUUAGAUACGAUUUUUAUAUAUCUGCAUCCAGUAUAAAAGAAGGUGCUAUCUAAAGUUUAGCUGUGUUGGUUAGAGCAUGAGUGCUUGUCAAGCCAGGGUUGUGAGUUUGAAUCUUACAGGGGGCAGUACAAAAAACAUUUAUGCAUUCAGUAUUGCAAGUUACUCUGGAUAAGAGUGUCUGGUAAAAGUUAGGACAAUUGAGAAACUAGCAGUUAAUGUUGACUCACCAAACAUCAUCUUACUUCAGACAAGAUGCAGUAACAUUGCUGGUAAAGUAGAUUAAAGGCCUUAUUGCAAAUAUCCUGCUUUAAAGAUUCAUAUUUGAGUGGAAUAAUGCUUACACUGAGUUAUUCUUGAAGGCGCAUACAGUAUUUUUCACAAAAAGCCAUUAAUCAACUCUGCCCUAGCCUGGAAUUUGCAUUAUUAGCAUUGUCCAAAUUCAUUAAUUUAAACUGUGCAUCUCGAAAAACAAAAGCAAGCAGAAACUAACUAAAAAAACACAAAAUUACUUCAUCUGUUGCGAUAGCAUUGAUUUUUUUGACCGCAUACUGAUGAAACAGCUGGCGGAAUUAAGUGACUUCAAACUGGCACUAUGCAAACUAUUUUCUGUAGCCCCCGCACUCAGGCUUUGUUAUUCGGCAAUGAUGUCAUCGGUGGCUAGCAAAUGCUAAGUUGUUUUUCUGGGUGGUCAACAAAGUUGCAACUAAACUUUCCAAAUUGAUUCCAUUGCGAACAAAACUGACAGGUUAACACCGGAUGUAUCAGUUCAGUUGAAAAAUGUGUUUAUUUCGAGGAAUACCACAUCAAAUGGUUCUUUGAGAUAAAUAACACCACUAGUCUUAAACAGAAGUGUUGUAGAGCAGGUUUCUGCUUUCGAAGCAGUUCUUGUUUUUUGGGACUUACAGUUUCAAUUCAUUAAUUGGGACAAUGCAAAUAAUGCUAAUAAUGCUAAUUCCAAGUUGGGAGAAAGUUGAAUAAUGGCUUGUUGUGAAAAAUGACUCCUUGUCGCAAGGUAAGCGUUAUUUCCCCGAAAUAUUUAUCUAGGUUGAACUAUUCCUUUAAUGACCGUAACUAUGACCAUUGGAGUUAACUGUCUUAGACUGAACAACCGAUUUUUCACCAUGCUGGAUUGGGGAAUCUAUCAACCUUUUGGUUACUGUUCACAUGCUUUAACUAAUAGGCUACCUGCCUUUGAUAUUCAGUGUCAUGUUUCAUUUCAAAUCCUGAUUGACUUCAGAAUAGUUUAUUAUGUCUGUGACCACAGUGGAGUCUUGAAGGCAGUGUCCACUAACAAUAACAAUAGCAUUAGUAUGUGUCUAAGUUUUUCUGUGGCUUUGAAGUAUUGCAAAUUAAAUAAUUCUUACUGGUGGCAUGACGUGCUGUCUGCACCUAUGUUGAAAUCAUGUUGUCAUGACAUGACAGUUUUGAACAUGUUGUCACAGUAACGUGAUUUGAUGCACAAAAUGGUGGAACUGUACAGUUAAUUGCUAUAAACAGCGAUAAUUGUUCGUUCAGUUAAGCGUCAUUGCAUGUUAUGAGAUUUUAUUCUUAUAACAGUGUUAUGACGGUUGACAUGCCGAGUCAUGGAAAAGGUGUUACAGCAAAAUGUACUGUUUUCAGUGAAAGGUUACAUUGUGGUCUUUCCCGGGAAGAUGUUCAGGUUAAGACUUUAAACUCACUGUAGAUUUUGUCUAUCUGGAAUCAAUAGCAAAGCCACCAUCAGGACUGGCCAGAACACUGGGAAAAAGGCUUGUGCCUAGGCCUUCCAGCCUAAUCAGUCAGGAUCUCAACUUACAACUGAGAGUCAGUAGUGGAAGAUAUCAUGGGUUGAUCAGGGUUGUUACUAAUGAUAAGACUUGUAAAUCAGGAAAUCAACUUUUGUAACAAUAAUGUCAUUUGACAUAUGGGUUGGAGAGAAAUGUUGGCGUUUGUAGAAUUUGCAGAAUUGAGGUAAAUAUAUUACUAAAUUGAAUGUUGUCUUUGCCUGAUGCCAACCUUUUAAAAUGUAAGCAAACUGCAAAUGUUUCUGUAUGCAUCAAGAAAUUAACUUUAAAACAACACUAUUUCUAUUCACUGUCAAGGGGCUCUUCAAACAAAUCAAACAUAGGGACCCGGAAAAGGCUAGGGUCGGUCCUGGCUGCUAUGUCUGAAUUCUCACUGAGGGAAAAGGCUAGGGUCAGUCCUGGCUGCUAUGUCUGAAUUCUCACUAAGGGAAAAGGCUAGGGUCAGUCCUGGCUGCUAUGUCUGAAUUCUCACUAAGGGAAAAGGCUAGGGUCAGUCCUGGCUGCUAUGUCUGAAUUCUCACUAAGGGAAAAGGCUAGGGUCAGUCCUGGCUGCUAUGUCUGAAUUCUCACUGAGGGAAAAGGCAAGGGUCAGUCCUGGCUGCUAUGUCUGAAUUCUCACUGAGGGAAAAGGCUAGGGUCAGUCCUGGCUGCUAUGUCUGAAUUCUCACUGAGGGAAAAGGCUAAGGUCGGUCCUGGCUGCUAUGUCUGAAUUCUCACUGAGGGAAAAGGCUAGGGUCAGUCCUGGCUGCUAUGUCUGAAUUCUCACUGAGGGAAAAGGCUAGGGUCAGUCCUGGUUGCUGUGUCUGAAUUCUCACUGAGGAAAAUGUACAUUAUCUGGCCUGAGAGGCUGCGGUUGUCCUGCUUGUGGUGGAAGCUGUUUUGGAUCAGAUCACCCAACACUGGGUAGAUUCGGGAUCUGUGUUUAAGGUUCUGCGAAACUAUGAUAGACACUGGUUUCAAAAUAUAUCAGGCACAUGCAGUUCAAGCUGCAUAUAAUUCACACUCAGCAAAAUCAUUUGAAAGAUGUAUUUUCAAUUGAAUACUUUCAUUGUCUUGUGUUUCUAGAGAUUUCAUUUGAAUUGUUACCCUGUAGAAGUCUUGUGAAAAAUAUCAGCCCAUCACUUGUAUUGUUACACAGCUCACUGUUUUAUGAAUUGUAGCCUGACAUUGCAUUUAUCUGAUGAACGAGUCAGAUUCCAAGGGACUAACGUAGACUAGGUUAGAGGCAUAGAAGGCGUUCUGUCUAGGUAAGCCAUUAGCAAACACUGUUCUGAUGCUUUUUUCUCCCUCGUUAGCCCUCCAGCACUGUACCUCACUGUUGCACUUUAAAAAGGACUUAAACAGGAGAACAUGGCCACUGUUAGGCCCAGGUAGAAAUUUAAAGCAAAAGAGGAACGCAAUAAAUAGGAUAUGAUUGAGAAACAAAUGUGUUAUACCGUUUUGAAGAAGGGUUACUAAGAAAGGUUGAUACUUGGAGAGGAUCACUUAUGUCCACUCCACACUCAUUUUAUGCCACUUCCACUCCAUUCCCAAAUAAUAAGGUAUUGGACAUUUAGGUGGACAGUAGCUGGGGUGUAAUGAGCAUGCAUUGUAGAUGUAUCCAUUUUCCAAGUUAAAAAAGUAUACAGUGUAGAAAGCAAUUGUAUAUAUUUGCACCGAUGUUUAAGAAUACUUGAAUUGUAACAUGACAGUCUUUACAUUGCAAUGUAAGCUAAUGUUAUUACACUCCAAGAUUUUUUCAAUAAAUGCCUUCUGGACAUUUAUUGAACAUUUCCGCUGUUAUUAUAUGGAAUUCCUGUAAUAAUCAUUCAACUUUUGGCUUGUCUUCCUUAUUUUGCUGAAUCCGGUAUGAAGAGGAAUGAUACUAUUUCUGAAAUGGCAUAACCACGUACAGCCUUUAAUUUUUUCUUCUCAUUCAGGAUAUUUAUGUUUAUUUUUAUGGUUGCUUUGGUGAAUGCUUUGAAGGGCUACCCUUAACAAAAAUAUGCACAACAUUUACUUUAGCCAAGCAUCACAUUUAAGACCUUUACAGCACUAAGAAGGGAGCAAGCAUCCUUCUCUGAAUGUCGUAUUUGUUCCUUAUUUUUUGUGAGCUUUUUUUUUUUUUUUUCUCGCUGCUUGGUUCAACGAUUUUCUGCAAGACAUUGCUAGUCGUUUUGUUCCAUGUACCGAGCACUACUCAGUGAAUGUUCCGUAUGGACUAAAGUAGCUGCUAACUCCCAACAUAAGUUUGCACACAUGUAAAACUGCUAUUAAAAUAUGAUUAUGUUGUAGUACUUUCCGUUGACAGUUUUGCAAAACUUGCCAUAUUAUUCUUGAUCAAAGCAGGAUGUUGAACGUUGUCUCUGAAAUCUGAAAAUAACUCAAUCAUCGACUUCCAGAGAAAUUGUAUUACACCAUAACGUUUUCUUACUUCUAACUGUAUUUGCAUGACCUAUAAAAAAGGAAAAACCUCUAUUUA